GUGAAAAGAGAGGUUAUGACUCACGUGUUCACUUUGAAAAGUUUAAAUUUCUUUCUAUGCUAUUUCAAAUUAUUUAUUAUAAUAUUACUUUAUAACGAAGUUUGAAAACGUCUCAAAACGUCUAAACAGUUGUAAGGUUUCGUUGUAGUAUUUCAUUAUAUUUUUUCUACAAUUUGGUAUUUUUACAACAAUCUUUGAGUAAAACAAAAAAUAAAGCAUAAAACGAAAUGGGGCGAAAAGCUAAGUUUGAUGGAACAGCUGUACCAAGUGGUCGUGGAAAAAAAGCCAAGAAGCAAGGAGAUCCAACAUUUCCAAAAGGAGUUCUAGUGAAAGAAGAAAAAGUAUUAAGUCAUCGGCAAAAACAACGUGCAAGGAAACGGUUGUUAAAACAACAAAGUCUGAAAGAAAAAAUAAAAAAAUCACGGGUGGAGAAACAAGAAGAAACGAAAUAUAUAAUAAAUAAAAAUAACAUUAGGAAUACAUCAAAAGAAUUGACAAAAAAAAGGAAGAAGAAAUCUUCUGAACCUAAACUUGUUAAAAAUGGUAAUUUAAGCAAUGAAAAUGACAAAAUGCAGUUUGAUGAAGAUAGCAAUGUAUCUAAUGAUGAAUAUGUAAUGGAAAGUCAUGAGCAGAAAAAUACAAAAAUGAAGUUAAUAGAUAGUGAUAUGGAAGAUGAAAGUGACCUUUCAGGAAGUGAUAAAGAAUACAAUGAUACUAAUGAGUUUGAUGAAGAUGAGGAAACAGAAGGGGAUGAAGAAGCAGUUGAGGAUGAUAACUAUGAUGAUUUACUUCCUAUAGAAAAAGCAAAUAAGAGAUUGAAAAAGAAGCAGGAAAAAGAACAGCAACUGGCAGAAGAAGAGAUGAAUGAUAUGACUUCGCAACAAUGUGUUUUCACUUUCCCUACCGAAGACGAACUUGCUGACAUUACUGAUCUUAAAGACGUGCAACAACGAAUAAAAGAUAUUAUUAUGGUAUUGUCUGACUUUAAAAGAUUACGCGAAGUGAAUAGAUCGCGUUCGGAAUAUGUGGACAUUCUUAGGCAGGAUUUAUGUACAUAUUAUAGUUACAAUAAUUUUUUAAUGGAAAGAUUGAUGCAAAUAUUUUCACUAGACGAUUUGUUAGAAUUUUUAGAAGCAAGCGAAGUUCAAAGACCUAUGACGAUACGAACAAACACGUUGAAGACGCGUCGCCGCGAUUUGGCAGAGGCUUUGAUUAACAGAGGAGUUAAUUUAGAUCCAAUAGGCAAAUGGACCAAAAUUGGAUUAGUAGUGUAUUCUUCGCAAGUUCCAAUGGGUGCAACACCAGAAUACCUAGCAGGACAUUAUAUUCUUCAGGGUGCAUCUAGUUUUCUACCUGUUAUGGCUUUAGAUCCUAAGGAGAACGAAAGGAUUUUGGAUAUGUGUGCUGCACCAGGGGGAAAGUCAUCCCAUACAGCGGCACUUAUGAAAAACACAGGUGUACUAUUCGCGAAUGACGUGAACGAGGAAAGAAUAAAGGCCGUUGUUGGUAAUUUCCAUAGGCUUGGCAUUGUGAAUUCUGUAAUUUGCACUUAUGAUGGACGGAAGUUACCAUCGGUUAUUAAAGGUUUUGAUAGAGUUUUAUUGGAUGCGCCGUGCACUGGUACUGGCGUUGUCUCGAAAGACCCGAGUGUUAAAACGAAUAAAGAUGAAGUAGAUAUACAACGUUGUUGUACGUUACAAAGGGAAUUACUUUUAGCAGCUAUAGACUGUGCUAAUGCUCGUUCAGAAUCAGGUGGAUUCAUUGUUUAUUCCACGUGUUCGAUUCUUCCGGAAGAGAACGAAUGGGUUGUUGACUAUGCUCUUAAGAAACGUGACGUUAAAUUAGUACCUACUGGUUUAGAAUUUGGAGCUGAGGGUUUUAUUAAUUAUAGACAUCAUAGAUUUCAUCCUUCAUUAAAAUUAACAAAACGAUUUUAUCCGCAUGUACAUAAUAUGGAUGGAUUUUUUGUAGCAAAAUUAAAGAAAUUUUCUAACAUUAUUCAGAAGAAGAAGGAUACUGAGGAAGAAUCAUUUGAUUAAUGUUAACGAAAUAGGUUUGAACUAAUUAAUGUCUUU